AUGCCUACUAAAAAGCGGAGUGAUUCUGCAGCUAUUGAUAUUGAAGAUGUUGGUAUGGAGGUGGAUGCUGUAGUUGACAGUGGAAGUGAGGAAGAGGCUAGGAGAAGAACUAAAAACAGAAGAGUCAAGGUUCAGCGUAAAGCCAAGCUGUACAGUAAUGAAGAGGAAGAUGAGGAGGAAGAAGAUGAGGUACCGCGAAAGAGAGGAAGAAAGAAGAAAGCUCAGCGCCGGGACAGCGAUGAAGAGGAUGAUGACGAUGAUAACAGGAGUGUGAAAAGCAAAAGCUCCAAAGUUUCCAGAAAAAAAACAGUAAGGGAGGACAGCGAGGAUGAAAGUGAAGAGGAUCGCAAAAGGAAGAAAAAGGGAGGGAAGGCGGUGUCAAAAAAGGACAAAGAGGAACAAAACACAGAGAAGAAAGGAAAUGCUAAAGGGAAAAGAGGGAAUGAGAAAGGUGGUGAAAAGGACAAAAAGAAGAAGGGGAAGUUGAGCAGCUCUUCUUCCUCCUCUGAUUCUGAUGAAGAAUCUCUGUCUGAAGGAGAGAUGGCUGCCCUGAAGGAAGAGGUAGAGGAGAAGAAGAAACUCAUUGCCACAUUAAGGAAUAAACCAUGGCGUAUGAAGAGGAGACUCAUAUUGCUCAAGGAGGCCCAGGAGUUUAUUGAAAAGUUCGAAGGAGCUCUUGGGAAAGGAAAGGGCAGGAAAUUAUAUGCGUUCAAAGUCAUGAUGACUAAGAAAUUCAUCAAAUUUAAACGUGACUUUGAGAACUUCAAAACAGCCUGCAUACCAUGGGAGAGGAAGAUAAAAGAAGUCGAAAGUCACUUUGGGUCCUCUGUUGCGUCCUACUUCAUAUUUUUGAGGUGGAUGUAUGGACUGAACCUGGUCCUGUUUGGGUUCAUGUUUGGCUUGGUAGUGCUGCCCGAGAUUCUCAUGGGUCUACCAUACGGCUCCAUUCCCAGGAAAACGGUUCCCCGAGAGGAGCAGGCAAAAGCCAUGGACUUCUCCGUGCUCUUCGAUUUUGGUGGUUACUGCAAAUAUUCUUUUUUAUUCUAUGGAUUCUAUGACCAUCAGCGAACCAUUGGAGUGUUGCAAUUCAGACUCCCACUGUCAUACUUGCUGGUUGGCGUGGGCAUCUUUGGCUACAGCUUGAUGGUUGUCAUUAGAACGAUGGCUCGGAACUCAAAUGAAGGAGGCGACGGUGCUGAAGAGGGAGAGUUCACGUUCUCCUGGAAGAUGUUUACCAGCUGGGACUACCUGAUUGGAAACCCAGAGACAGCAGACAAUAAGUAUGCCUCCAUUACGACCAGCUUCAAGGAAUCCAUUGUGGAUGAACAGGAAAACCAGAAGGAUGAGAACAUCCACCUCCGUCGCUUCCUCAGGGUCCUUGCUAACUUUCUUAUCCUAUGCAGCCUCGGAGGUAGUGGUUACCUAAUUUAUUUUGUGGUGAAGCGCUCCCAGGAAUUUGCUGACAUGGAUAAUGAUGAACUCUCCUGGUUUGAAAAGAAUGAGGUGGAGUUUGUGAUGUCAUUGCUGGGCUUGGUGUGUCCUCCUCUUUUUGAAACGAUCGCCGAACUGGAGGACUAUCACCCUCGAAUUGCUCUUAAGUGGCAACUCGGACGAAUCUUCGCACUCUUCCUUGGAAACCUUUACACCUUCCUCUUUGCGCUUUUUGAUGAGGUCACUGCAAAGCUGGAGAGUGAGAAGGCGAUCAAAAAUGCCACUGAGUGGGCGUUGAAUGAGUACCGCAGGAAUUACAGCAGCUACUUCAACACCACCGACGUGCCUCCUCCUGAUGUUCACCCUGCCGACGCCAUCAGGGGACCAUGCUGGGAGACUGCAGUUGGCAUAGAAUUUGUCAAACUGAUUGUGUCUGACAUGCAAGUCAACUACUUGACAAUCCUGAUUGGGGACUUCCUGCGAGCUGUCAUUGUCCGCUUCCUUAACUACUGUUGGUGCUGGGACCUCGAGGCCGGAUUUCCUUCUUAUGGUGAAUUUGACAUCAGCGGUAACGUGCUGGGCCUUGUCUUCAAUCAAGGAAUGAUAUGGAUGGGGGCAUUUUAUGCUCCAGGGCUGGUGGGUCUGAAUGUAUUGCGUCUUCUGUGUUCAAUGUACUACCAAUGUUGGGCUGUGAUGGCCUGUAAUGUUCCUCAUGAGCGGGUCUUCAAGGCCUCACGCUCCAACAACUUCUACAUGGGUCUGCUGCUGCUUGUGCUCUUUCUCAGCCUGUUGCCAGUGGUCUACACUAUAAUGACUCUGUCUCCAUCAUUUGACUGUGGGCCUUUUAGUGGUCAAGAGAAGAUGUAUGAUGUAGUCAUGGAAACUAUUGAACAGGAUCUUCCUGCCUUUAUUGGGAGCAUAUUCACCUAUGCCACCAACCCUGGACUUAUCAUGCCUGCUGUACUUCUGAUGGUGCUUGCCAUCUAUUAUCUUAAUGCUGUGUCAAAAGGAUAUCAACAAGCAAACAUAGACCUUAAAAAGAAGAUGCAAAUGGCUAGAGAUGAGGAAAAGAAUCGCAGGAACAACAAGGACAGUACUAAUCAAGUCAUGAAAGACUUGGAGGACUUGCUGCCAGACAAAUCUUUGAUACCACCUCAGGCUGAGGAAGAUCCACCCCCACCUGAAGUUGUAAUUGAGAAGGGCAGCAAGUCACCAAAAUUAAAACCAGGAGCCGCUGCCAAUGGCAAAGGGGUUAACCUGCAAAAAGAUGUGUCAUUGGCUGCUUCCAAUCCCAGGGGGGCAGUGACCCGGCCCCCUGGACCAAGAGGUCGACCUCUUGGAAAUGUUCGGGGACCUCAACCUGGACAAGGCAGGGGACGAGGCCGAGGCAGGGCCCCAAGACAGUAG